CUUAGGGGUAACUUCCAUCCAAUCUCUAACAAAAAGGUGUUUGUCAUAGCCCAGUCUAUCUGUCGCACAGAAGGCGGGACCCCACAUCUGAACCCCAAACGACUUGGGGCUUACCUAGGUACCUGUUACUCGCCUUAGGCUUUACCUAGCUAAAGCAGUUAGGUAAGGGUACCUCUUGUACCUCAUGUAUCAUAUAUUGUACCUGAAGAUUUGUGAUUUUUUUUGUCGGAAGUAAUCCUUGAAUCUCAAAGUUCACCUUUUUUACCUUUUAUCCCCCCCCCAAGCACGAAACUUUGUACAUCUCUGUUCAUCUUGCAUCUUCAUUCCACAAAUGAUUAGUACAUACACUUAAACUCAGAUGUACAUUCUGUUCUCAUUGCAGUCAAUAUAGUCGCUAUUCUAUCUGUUCGUCUUUUUUUUUGGUGAAGAUGUGUUGGGGUUAAGAGAAAGAAUCCAGCUAUUCAAAAUACAUAAAAGUCGUGUGCCCCUCCAUCUGGAGUUAUCGAUAUCCCUCGUUCAGAUACGAUACGAUACUUAGUUAGCCAGAACUUGCUACCGUCCACCAUCAUGGAGCUGGAUGACAAGGCUUACGGAGAUAAUUCCCAGUGGAAUGGGGUCGAAGAUGCUAUCGAAGACCCAGAGGAAAUCAGAGUCAUAUUCUGCGCCCUCGAUUCUUUUAGCCAAUACGCGAAGACGGCGCACCUAAACUGCACCCACCUUCGCAGGCAAGCGUUCUACGCCCUGCCUCAGGCUCACUGGCAGCUACUCGCUCAACCUCCUUUUUCAUAUUUGGAUAUAUUGAAUCGGAUAGACGAUGCCAUCGAGAGCAAUGCCGAGCUGGCUCGCAUCAUUGUCAAAUUCGGCUUACGGACCUUCGGCGUAGUUGAAGCUACCUCGGAAAAGGAGCUCACCAUGCCUGAGGAGUGGUCUGGUAUUGCCAAAUAUAACGAUCUAGAUAAAGCCAGGAGCACUAUUAGACAAUUCUACCGUGACUGGUCCGCAGAGGGUGCCGUCGAACGUGACGCAUGCUACGGCCCUGUAUACCGUGCACUAGAUGUCGAGAAGGCGAGAUAUCCUGAUCGACAACCGCUGAAAGUUUUGGUACCCGGUGCCGGGUUGGGUCGACUAGUCUUUGACCUCUGCCGGAUGGGAUACCUUACGGAAGGCAAUGAGAUUUCCUACCAUCAACUUCUGGCGUCAUCGUAUAUCCUUAAUUCCACUGAAACCGCUGGUCAACACACUAUAUUUCCAUGGAUCCACUCCUUCUCAAACCAUAGGAGUCGCGAUAACCAAUUUAAAUCUUAUAAAAUACCGGAUAUUCAUCCCCAGACAACAUUGGCAGAGACAACAGGGAUCGGUUCGAUGCAAAUGUGUGCCGCAGAUUUCCUCUGCCUCUACGGGGAUGAGAGUCAUAAAGACACCUAUGACGCCGUAGCCGCCGUGUUUUUCCUGGAUACGGCGCCAAAUCUCAUUCGCUAUCUCGAAGUAAUACGAAAUUGUUUGAAACCCGGUGGCGUACUUAUCAAUGUUGGACCUCUGUUAUGGCACUGGGAGAAUCACGUACCUGGUCAUCACGGGUAUGACGGAGACGGUGAUUACGAUGAAAACAAUUCUUUAGGCAUCGCAGAUCCCGGGAGUUUCGAGCUUACUGAUGACGAAGUCGUCGCGUUGGUGGAGCGCAUGGGUUUUAUCGUCGAGAAGCGAGAAACAGGCCUACACGCCCCUUACGUACAGGAUUCCCAGAGCAUGCUACAAACAGUAUAUAAAGCUAGCCACUGGGUCGCGCGAAAGCCAGAAGAAGGAUCUAACGUGAAAGCUCAAAUCUAGACUACCUGCAUACUAGAGCUUGUUUGGGGGGGGGGGAAUCCGAGACACAUAUUGCAUCUGGCAUCUGGCAUCUGGCAUCUGGCAUAGCAUCUAGUAUCUGGCAUAGCAUCUAGUAUCUGAGCUCGAGGUUGCGAUGAUUAUAUCAUCUAUACAUUAGGUACUUAACAUUGUAGACUUGUAUCUUAGAUGACGGCAUAUAAUGAAUGAGAACACGCG